UAUUUCUGGAGCGCGUAGUGUUCUUUCCAAUCAUGUGAUGAGGACAUUAUUUAAGGCGGCUGCGGGGCCGGAGCAGCUGCAGGCGGUGCCACGCUCGCAGCCGGACCCCGAGCGCCUGCGGCCCCCCCGAGCCCCCCAGCCAUGGUGGACGCCUUCGUGGGCACCUGGAAGCUGGUGGACACCAACAAUUUCGAUGAGUACAUGAAGGCGCUGGGCGUGGGCUUUGCCACGCGGCAGGUGGCCGGCUUCACCAAGCCCACCACCAUCAUCGAGCUGGACGGCGACAAGGUCACCGUGAAGACCCAGAGCACCUUCAAGAACACCGAGAUCACCUUCAAGCUGGGCGAGGAGUUCGACGAGACCACGGCGGACGACAGGCACGUCAAGUCCGUGGUCACGCUGGAUGGAGGGAAGCUCGUCCACGUGCAGAAGUGGGAGGGGAAGGAGACAUCGCUGGUCCGGGAGCUGAAGGACGGGAAAUUAAUUCUGACUCUCACCAUGGGCAACGUGGUCUCCACCCGCACCUACGAGAAGGCGACAUAGGCGCUGUCCCAGGUCCCCUGGCUGUCACCCGGUGUCACAUCGUCCCCGCCUGGCCCCGUGCCUGGCCCCGUGGGCUCGGAGCCGCUGCCCCGCCGGGGCCGCCCCUGCCCCAGCCCUGCCUGGCUCCAGGGGCUCGGGUGGUGGUUUCGUGCUUUGUUGGUGGGUUCUUUUUUAACUGAUUGUGGGAAAAGUCACAUGGAAAAAAACAAUAAAGGUGUUGUUACAGC